AAUUUUAAAAUAAAUGUUAAGAUAAUAAUAGUAGUAGUAGUAGUAGUAAUAAUAAUAAUAAUAAUCCACAACGCUCUACGCAAAAAACUGUCAUUUUAUGAGUUGUUUUCGUCAGGUAAAUUAAUCAGUUUUUUAAUAUUUUCAGAUAUAGCACAGAUAUAGCAGCAAAUUUAGAGGCUGGAAGCAAUUUUACGCAAAUUGUUUGGGUAUACAAAAAACGACGAGAAGUUUGCGCACGAACUUAAUUUCGAAACAUGAGCGCCGUGCUGAUGACGAAAGCUUUACAUCUUGUGAUUUUAUUUUUCCUCUCGGCGAAGGCAGAUUACAACUUCAUCCCGAUAAAUUAUGUGGCGCCCUUGUCUGCAACUGAAAUGAUGUGCAGUGUUCACAACUCGUCAACGUCUCUGGGGAACAUCAGCUGCCUGGAGUGUGCAUCGGAGUGUAUGGAGGUGGACUGCCAUGGAUUCAAUUUCGUGACUGCCGGGUCGUCAACUAGUUGCCGGCUCUUUGAUUUCCGAAGUGUUGCUUUUCAAAUCAUACCUGGAUGCUUAUACUACGAGAAGUCCUGUGCAAGUGCUCCUCCAACAUCGAAGGUAACAGGCAGCAAAACAGUGACAGUAAAUGAACCCAGCGUUCUAGAACAGUGUAAAUAUCUUGAGAGACUCUUCGAUAGUUUAACUUCUUGGUUAUUAAACUGUGCCUGCACUAAUAACACUCCCUCAGGCGAUCCAGCCUGGUUCGUCAUCGACGUUGGCUCCAACAUACAACUGGCUUAUGCUGUCCUCAAGAGCAGUCAAAGUUUACAAAUGAUAAUGAAAACAGGAUCAACGAUGAGUUUCUUCAAACUCGGCAUCUCCACAACCUUCGAUGCCACCACUUGGAAAGCACAACCAUCCAUAGUCAGUUAUCAGAUGUGUGGUCAGUAUCCUAAUCAAACUGGAAGCGGUAAGAGAUACAUCAUCAUGUGCCCUCGUCCCCCAACUCCAUCAAUAAAUGGUCAGUUUGUGGUCAUUCAACAGUCAUCGAGCGUAUAUACUCCAUUCACUGUCUGUGAAGUCGAAAUAUAUCAAUACCUAAAUACGUAAAACUUUUAUAACCAUUUGCAAGUCAAUAUUCUUAUAUUCAUAGUUCUGUGAUAUACUCUAUUACUAUUGUAGGAGCACGCAAACACGAACGUCGUGAUAUUAAGAACAUAUAUUAUUUAUAAACAGUGCUAAAUUAUAGAGUAUAUUUCAUAUGAGUGUAUCAUGACAACUUUUCAUCAUGCAAUUGCAAUUCUUUUAAGAUCAAUCAGUACACUUUCCAAACGAUCCGACAUUUUUUCUUCAUUAAUCGUUAAUUUUUAUAAUAAUUUGCUUUCACUUUGAGGUGUGUUUCAAAUUUUAAUAUAAAUAUAUUUUUCAACUUUUCUAUGAAAGAAAGUGCAAAUUUUGUUUAUUUAAAAUUUUGUUUAACGUGAUUUGGCUUACAAUUUUGAAUCUGUGAUAAAUUCUGAUAAAACUUGUA